GGUAGUUUGCGAUGGACUCCUCGGAAAACGUGUCCGCUCAGGCGGCCGGCGAGGAGCGGGAGACGAGGCGGAGCAGCGCGGAUGUGGACGCCGCGGUGUUGCUGCUGGGAGCCGGCGUGACGGCGGCCACGCACCCGCUGCUGUACGUGAAGCUGCUGAUUCAGGUGGGACACGAGCCCCUUCCUCAGACCGUGGGCACAACCAUGUUUGGCAGGAGAGUCCUGUACCUGCCUGGUUUCUUCUCCUAUGCGCAGCACAUCGUGAAGGUGGAUGGAAAGACGGGACUGUUCCGUGGCCUCUCUCCUCGCAUAGCGUCCAGUGUCCUCUCCACCGUGGUCCGGGGCAAAGUGAGGCAGCAGAUGGAGCGUCAGUCCAAGAAAGACGACCCGCAGACAUCACUAAGGAAAGUGGUCAAAGAGACCACACAGGAAAUGAUCAUCCAGUGCCUGUCUAGAGUCGCCACUCAUCCUUUCCACGUGAUGUCGGUGCGGUGUAUGGCACAGUUUGUUGGCAGAGAAGUCAAGUAUGGCGGGAUGUUCACUUGUAUUAUCAGGAUGUUUAAGGAGGAAGGAGUUGCUGGAUUCUACGUUGGACUUAUGCCCCACAUGCUGGGAGAGGUCCUCUUCCUGUGGUGCUGUAACCUCCUGGCUCACUUUAUCAACACCUACGCUGUGGAUGAGAAUUUCACCCAGGCGCCAGCGAUUAGAAGCUACACCAAGUUUGUGAUGGGUAUUGCAGUGAGUGUUCUAACGUACCCGUUCAUGUUGGUGGCUGAUCUAAUGGCAGUCAACAACUGUGGACUGGCUGCAGGUCUUCCUCCUCGCUCCCCCAUCUUUAAGUCCUGGAUGCACUGCUGGAAUCACCUGAGCCAACAGGGUCUCCUGUUCAGAGGAUCCAGCUUCUUCUUCCGCCGGGUGCCUGUGACUUCGUUGCCCUAUAGAGAGGACUGAUGCAUCAGCGUCCUCAGCGUCUUCUGGGACUUUGUUGCACCCGUCACCCCGCUUGUCUGCUUCUGCUGCCAUCAUCUGGGUGUAGUAGGAGCAGCAUGGAAGUAGCUCAAGUGCCAAUUCACCCUUUUGCUCUAGGAGCGUUGGAUCAGUUGUGUGGAAUGAGGACAGAGGUUGGUCUUUACUGCUUGUUCAUGUCAAACACACCUGUUCAAAAUUUGAAUAUGCCACAACUGUGGUUUCAUGCCUUCAUCUCCAUAGCAACAGCUGCUGAGGCUCACGGGUACUAGAGUAAUAAAUGCUAUUACACAAACCAACAUGACGACAAGAACUCGUACUGCUCCGAUUUCGAGCCACAGUAGAUGGAUUUCAUUUUUAAAGGUUGAGAACACACAGCAACAACACAUUUAUUAACCAAGCUAGUCCCUGUCUCAACAAGCUCAUCCCGUUUGUUGAAGUUUGAAAAAUAACAUAAAACCAAGGAACUGACAAAGUGACGUAUUGUUCUUCACUGAGAGUUAAUGUUUUCUGCUGUGUAAGAGGCUGUAACUUUUCCCGAAAAAUUACAUUUGAAGAGCGUCUAAACAGAGUUCAAAUUAAUGUGAGUGUCGUCCAAGCAACAUGAUGCUGCCAACCCACCUGGUGAAGUCAUGCAAGUUCUAUCUCUCAAGUUUAACAUAGAAUUAGGCCUCAACUCCAUUUUCAUUAUGGUGAAACCUAAUUCUGAUUUACGGGAUGAAUGACCCAGUUUCCCUGGUUUUUGUGUAAUAAAAGUAAAACCUGCUUUCGGCUUUUUCCCGUCAGAGGUCGCCACAGCGAAUAAUUUGCAUGAUUGAUUGAAGUUUUUAUGCCAGAUCCUGAUGAAACCCCUCUCUGAAGCGACGACCUGGUCAACAGAAGUGCGACGUGUAAACCACUCCGCCACGACCGGGGCCGCUUUUUGUAUAAUAUUAGCAAAUCGAGACUUUCUCGCUACAUGACAGGCCACAGCUCUCCUUGCUAGUCGUGCCCUGCUUUUGAACUGAGUUAAAAGUUUGAUGAGUAUUCAUAUAAAAAGUGACAGCCCCACUAUUCAAAAUGUUUUAUAUCAUUUACCAUCAUAAGGCUGUGAUUUUGUUUGUUAUAGUGUAAUAAUAUUAACACAUUAUUGGGUUCCACAAAAACUCUAUUUUGUCACUCCAUGAAGUACAUAGUUGCCUAAUUUAUCUCUUAUCAUGCUGAACAGAAACUUUCUUUAAUUAUUAUUAUUCUGUAAAUUAACAUGUAUCUUUUAAAACUAUUAGUACUUAACUUUACCUCUGUAUUUAUUUGAAGACCCUCCUUCUAUGCAGAUAUUUUGAAGAUUUUUCACAGUUUCAUUAAGUUAAACUGUAGUUUGUGUGUUCAGUAACACACGAGUUUGCAUAAAUGAAAGACCAGAGAAGUGAUCUCAUCGACUCAGGUACCACAGAUUGUGGCUAGGUGCAUGUUCUCUGAGAACGCGUGGAAGCUAUAGUUAUCAUAAUUAGUUUGGGAUGCCUUUGUCCUCGUGAGGCAAGACUGUCUCUUGCUGCUGUGGCCAUAAAUGCUCUUUAUGUGGUAACACUGAAUCUUCCUUACCUUUUCAAGAUUGUGCUGGAUGUCUCACUUUAAAGAUGAGAAGUGCCCAACAGCUGACCCCGGGUCUGCAAGGCAAACUGAAGACAGACGGGUCAUGUACUAAACCGCUUGACUUCCAGUCACUCUUGUUUUGUUACUAUUGUAUUAUAGUGAGCAGCAUGUAUUUAAGCUCUUAUAUGCACAAAAUGCCAUGGCAGAAAAUGCAUCUCAUUACUAAUGUAACACCUCAAGUUACUUAAAAUACUAAGGUAUUCUUAAUUGCACCAUUAAUAUUUAAAGGAAUAAUACUGGUCCCUUUAUUAGACACAACAGGGGUGUCCAAUCCUGCCCUAUGGCUUCAGAACAACUAAAACAUCAAUGUAGAUGUAGACAGCAAUAUAGUUCCCAAAUUUUAAUUUUCUACCCUAAGGUUGUAAAGAGAUCUUAUUUUUGUGCAAAAACUUUUUGACCUCCUUUGCAUAGGUUUAUGUUGCAUUCACAUGUGUUGGAUGAAUCUGAUGGACGAUGUGUCAGUCAGACACUGGUUGGUGAAUGAAGAUAAUCAUACUUUGGCUCUAGGGGCGUCCCCACUAUCCCAACUGUCAUUUGUGUUUUAUCCAUGUAACUAUGAUGCAGUUGUUAUGUCUUCCUUCAACCAUUUUUAAAAUAAAAAGCUUUCCUACUUCA